AUGGUCAAAGUCACCGAUAUCCUCUACUACGUGAUCAAUCCUCAGGAAUUGCGAUCAAUCAUCCAAUGGUAUGUUGCAUUACUGAUUGCCUACUCUACUGCUCUAAUCUUACCAAGGAAGGUAUGGCAUCAGCCCGUACAUGAGCGCGAAGAGGAUAAGGAGUCAGUCUCCUCCCGAAUAUGCUUCGAUUUUUUGGACAAGACCAGCCGCAGUUUCAGCGCGGUGAUUCAAGAAUUACAUCCAGAACUACUCCUCCCAGUCUGUUUGUUCUACCUGACACUUCGAGGUCUCGACACCAUCGAGGAUGAUACCUCUAUUCCUGCCGAGACGAAGACACCCUUGUUGAGAGAUUUCCAUGAUAGAUUAGAGGAAGAUGGCUGGUGUUUUACUGGUAAUAGACCGGAGGAAAAGGACCGGGAGUUGCUUGUUCAAUUCAAACAUGUUGUCACAGAGUUCAAGAAGAUCAAGCCUGCUUAUCGGGAUAUCAUCAAGGAUAUGACGGACAAAAUGGGGAAUGGUAUGGCAGAUUACAUCAACAAUGCUGAGUUCAACGAGGUGGGCGUGGACAAGAUUGAAGAUUAUGAAUUAUACUGUCACUACGUUGCAGGACUUGUUGGUGAAGGUUUAACACGCCUGUUCGUCGAGAGUGGUUACGGUAACCCAGCGCUACUCCAAAAGCCACAUCUUCACGAAUCAAUGGGCCGUUUCCUCCAAAAGACAAACAUCAUCCGGGACAUCAAAGAAGACUUUGACGACAAGCGGAUAUUCUGGCCCCGAGAGAUAUGGUCAAAGCAUGUGGACAAAUUCGAGGAUCUCCUCAAGCCAGAGUAUAGAGAUGCCGCGUUGAAUUGCAGCUCUGAGAUGGUGCUCAAUGCACUCAACAACGCGGAUGAAUGUCUUUUUUACCUUGCUGGUUUGAAAGAACAGAGUGUAUUCAACUUCUGCGCAAUUCCCCAAUCCAUGGCCAUUGCAACUCUGGCAUUAUGUUUCCGAAACCCCAAGAUGUUCGAACGAAACAUCAAAAUCACCAAAGGUCAAGCAUGCCAAAUAAUGGUGGCAUCAACCCAAAACCUGAGACUGGUCUGUGAAGUCUUCCGCGACCAUGUCCGACUGAUUCAUAAGAAGAAUGUUCCGCAAGACCCCAGCUUUCUCAAGAUCAGCAUCGCUUGUGGCAAGAUAGAGCAAUUCAUCGAGUCGAUAUUCCCUUCACAAAGACCGGAAGAUGUCAUCCGAUCGAAGCCAGGUGAUCCCAAGACGCUCAAGGCGUUGGAGAAGGAAACACAAGACAAGGAGGCAAGGCACGAUAUGUUGAUGAUGAUGAUGGCUAUGGGGACCAUGCUUCUUGUUGUGUCAGGCCUUAUGUUCGGUCUCGCAUGGCUCUUGGGAGCUCGAUUCGAUCUCGCAUUCGCAGGUGUCAAAAAAGGCAUGCAAGAUAUCAUGGCCGGUAAUUGGCGUCCACCUCCGGGUAGCUCUGGGGCCGAAAAGCUAGCCAAGCAGUUCGACCACGACGAGAUUUGA